AAAGCGGGGGCGAGCCGGAGCCAAGCGGUGAGCGCGAGCAGCAAAAACGACGGUUCCUGCCUCGUGAAUGAACCCACCCACCCCCAUUCUCCUUUUCUUUCCACCGUCCGUCGGCACCCCCAUGCCCGUCGGGGUGCGCACACCGGCGGGGACCAGCAGAGGAGCCUCCCGCUGAGGAGCCCCGGACCGUAGCCGCCUCAUCCCCGCCGGGGGAGCGACGCGACCAGGAGCGGUGAGUGGGGCUGCUGUGGGCGGGCUGAGGCGCGUCACACACACGUAAAGCUGGAUGUGGAAGUCUGAUUGCAAAAYCGAAGCUGCCGAACGGCAAGUAACUUCCGUAAACAGAUGCUCGAUGGACUCCGGCGGAGGCAUCACGCCUCCCGCUCCUCCCCCAGACCCCUGUCUCUCAACUUCAGCACCUUCUCGGCGGCCCCCCUGAGCCCGGACCUGGAUGGCGGCAGCACCAACCCCAGUGAGCACCCCAUCAGGAGGACUCUGCACCGGCUCAAGUUGAUGAGCUCUCCGAGCCUCAGCGAGCUCGGGAAGAGUGAGAAGAGUUCACCGGAGGACCGAGGGGAGAAGCAGAAGCGGGCGGGAGCCAACGCCACCUGGAACAGCAUCCACAACGCUGUCAUAGCAGUCUUCCAGAAGAAAGGCUUGGCCGAUAACGAACUCUACACCCUGAAUGAAGGCGUUCGACAUCUGUUAAAGACUGAGCUGGGCUCCUUCUUCUCAGAAUAUCUUCAGAACCAGCUGCUGACAAAAGGGAUGGUCAUCCUCCGGGACAAGAUAAGGUUCUAUGAAGGUCAGAAGUUACUCGAUUCUCUGGCUGAGACUUGGGACUUUUUCUUCUGUGACGUCCUCUCCAUGCUGCAGGCCAUUUUUCACCCAGUUCAGGGUAAGGAGCCGUCGGUCAGGCAGCUGGCUCUGCUUCACUUCAGGAACACCAUAGUCCUGAGCGUAAAGUUGGAGGACGCCUUGUCUCGGCCACGGGCUCGCGUGCCCCCGUCUGUCACACAGAUGUUGCUUAUUCUGCAGGGGGUCCACGAGCCUCGCGGUGURAAUGAGGACUACUUACGGUUGGAGUCUCUGAUUCAGAAGGUGGUCUCGCCCUACCUGGGCACCCAUGGGCUUUAUUCUGGAGACGAGGCUGAAGAUCAUUGCUGUGUUUUGGACAAGCGUUUGCCGUGGGGCUGGCCCAAGUCUGCAGAGCAGCUGUCUAAAAACCCCGUGGUACGAUCGAAAAGCUACAACAUUCCUCUGCUGCUGACCCCCGUGGCCGAGUACGACCCAGACGCCAGCUCGGUCGGCAGCGGAGGAAUCCGGCGCCACUCGGCUUGUGAGAUGAUAUCGUGCCUGGAGGAACAAGGACUGGCCUACUCGGACCUGUCUCCAGGAUGUGAGCUGUCGGGCCCCUCCUCUAACAGACUGUGUGUGAGCUCUCAGUUCAACGGAGCCGGAGCCGGCGCCAUGGACUUGACUCUGUCGUCGCCCUCCAUCCUUCAUUCCUCCGGACCGCUCCACGGCACAGAGGCCACCACGACGGUGACCGACCUCAGCAUGGGGGCGUCGUCCUCUCCGCCCAGCGAGUCCUCCAGCCCCGAAACCAUAAUAGGACAAGUCCUAGAGUCUGCCGGCUCAGACUCGGACGGGAUUUUCAUCGAGUUCCCGCGUCACCCCUCGGAGGGGCGGAGCUGCGAGGGCAGGCAGAGCAUUGUGUAGCUGCGGCGCUUUUUGAAGCGUGUACGAAAUCAUUACAAAGAAAGWGCAGGUUCUUACUACAUUUCAUCCAAUGGGUACCAUCUUCCUUUUUACUUUUAUACAAUGGCUUUCCGUGACAACAUUCUUCCGAGUGCUCUCACUGGUGGAUGAAAUCUUUUUAACUCUUAAUGUAACAUUUAAGCAUCUAAAAAAAUCAUGCAUGUUGAGUUAGUGGUACUGAUGUUGCAGGACUGAAGAUGAGUCACUCCUAAAGGAUGCGUUUUAUUAUGGAUAAAAACCAAACUCCUCAGUUAGCUCGUCCUAUUAACAGACAGCGCCUCUGUAGCCAAAUUAAAUUCACUGCUUCAUGUCAGAAAGCCUCAGUUGCACUAUCAACCUUACGUCUUGGACUCUGUCCCCGUUAAAACUGAGUGGAGCAUAAAAUAUGUAAUAAUCCACAGCUGAACUUAGUCCCCAGCUCCUAAUGUGCACUGGUGCAUGAGUUUGCAAUCAAAAAGUAUUGUAUGCAAAAGAAAAGCAAGUUUUUUUAUGUUAUUUAUGAGUGAAACAACAUAUCAGAAAUUUACAUCAAAAGAAUUGUCUCCAGCAGAAACAACAAACUGAAAUACAAGAAAAAUACAGAUUCUCCAUUUAACUCGGUGAAGUUUCACAGAUUUUUUGUUCUUUUUCGUAAUGAGAGGAUCAGAAGAAUGCUACAAACUUGAAAYGUAUUUGAACACAUUUAUUGAUUUAUUUUCUAUUUAUGUCAUCUGAAACGAUGCAAACUUAUCUUCCUCGGAACAGUGUUUUCAUUUUUCCGGGGAGUUUACUGAACAAUAUUGUUUUUAUUUGUUUACAUUUGACAAAAACGGGAAAAUUUUCAACUGAAUGUCGUCUCUCACACUGUAAUUUGCACCACCACUACCAUGUAAAUAAAAACGUAUUGUUGUUUUUUUGUUUUGUAGGAUGGCUAGAUAAUGUAAAGGGAACAUUUUUUUGUCAGUUGAAUGAAAUGUUAAUAAGGGCUUUUUUAAGGAAUAUUUUUUAAUGAUGUUUUACCUCAAAAGCGUUUUGUACCGACUUUUUUGACAAUCUAUGAUGUCUCUUGGAGUUGUACUUUGUAUUAAUUUGUUACUAGCCCAGUUUAAAAAAAUAAAUGCAUUUGAGUAAUAUUUAAAA